AUGUCAGCUUAUCUUUUCAUAGUUGCCCAUCAAAAUGGUGCUUAUCAAAUGAAUAAUACCAGAAAGGGCAAAAGUUCUAGACAAUCAAUAAGAAGCUCCGGUAAGUCUUCUAAGAAUGAUGAUACCAAAUCUAUAUCUACCAAAUCCACCAAAUCUUCUCAAUCAAGUGGUCAUCACACUUCAAAGAAAAGAUUUGAUUUGAAUACCAGUAAUUAUGUUGAUGUUUCUGAAUAUGAACAAAUAAUUGCCAGAUACGAAAAGAAAUUUAAUGGUUUAAUUAAUGAAUGUGUAUUUCAUGAAACCAAUGAGAAUUUAAAUAGAUUCCAUGGUACUGAUGGUGAUUUAUUGUUUAAUGAGAAGAACAUCAAUAUCUUAAGAUAUUCUUUCUAUAAGAAGGUCACUGGUGAUUAUAAUGAAAUCUUAAAAGACAUGAAAGCUAAAAAAGUUGAUGGUAAAACACCAAAAUUAAGAUACAUGAGAAAAUUAAAGCAAUUCAGAAGGGCUUCUUCACGUUCAGUUUCUGGAUUACCAAACUUAUCAACUGAUAAUUUAACUAUUGUUGAUACUUUUGCCGAAGAAGCAAAUGAUUCAGAAGUUAGUAGUGAUGAAGAAGUUGAACAUUCAAGACAAGAUGAUGAGGAAUUUGAUUAUGAUGAACUUGAUAAUUUAUAUAAUCAAUAUUCCAAUAUGGAUAAACCUGUAGGUAUUAAGGAUUUGAUCAAAUCUAAUCAAUUCUGGAACAAUGUUUAUCAAGAUUUGAAGUACAAUUUAAUGGAAAUCAGUGCAAACCUAAAUUAUUUCGAAUUAUUACCAAAUAUCAAUCAAUUAUUAACUUUCUAUAGAGAGAUAAUUGAUUAUUUCUUAAUUAACUUACAAGAUUUACAUUGCAAUACCUCAUCAGCAAAGAAUUUGAGUGACUUAGAAUCUGAAAAAUUAAGGAACUAUAGAUUCUAUUAUUUAAAAGAUUUCAAUUACGAAUGGUUCAAAAUCAUGAGUAAUUUACACUAUAAAUUCUUUAAGAAUCAAUCCAUUUUGAAUAAUACUUUAAAUAUCUUACAAGAUGAAGAUUUGACUAUUCAUAGAAAAUUAGUCGGUAGAAUUAUUUCAACAAUCAUUGAAAAUUUUAAGAUUUCAAUGGGAUAUCAAAUGCAAAGUUUGAAUUCAGUGUUUAAACUUUGGGAAGAUUUCUUAAACUUCUUAAUGAAUGAAAUUGUAUUCAAAUUCUAUGAAAGUUAUGAUGAUUUGAAUAUCAUGAAUCAUAUUUCAUUACCUGAACCAAAUUUGGAUAACAAUACAUCCACUUCAAACUCAACCUUAUCAAGAACCAAAUCCAUCAAUUCACUUUAUUCAUCAAUCAACCAUUCAAGUAAUUCAUUAGUUGAUACUAUGAACAUCACAUCUCCAGAAAUCGAUCAAUCAAGUUUGUGUUCUGACAAUGAGUUAGAUUUGAAUAUUCAAAAGAUUACUAGAAAUACCAAGAAUCUUCAAAUUAAUACUUUCAAUUCAUCAUUAUCACCAAUUUCAAGAAUUGACGAAGAAGAAGAUAUGGAUUUCAAUUAUUCUAAUAAUGAAUAUAAUUAUAAAAGAGGAGGAUUCGUAAUUGAACCACCAACUCCAAGAUAUGGUGAAUUUGAAUUACAAACUCCUGUAUCAACUACAUUUUCUGUUAAUUCAACCGAAACCAAUAAACUGCAUACCAGUAAAAGACUGAUUUUUUCAAGAUUAAGAAAGUCAAAGAAAUAG